AGACAGCACACAGGCCCUUUCAAAAUGAAGAUUUCUUUGGCCUCCUUACUGCUGCUGAUGCUAUGUUGCCUUCACAGAGCCCAAAAACUAGGCAGUAACGAGGUUGAGAAUGACGAUGAUUUGGCUGAGACACAGAGGCAAAGGACAGACGGAGGUCAUGAGCUGACACUUCAGUCAAGCACCCUGGACGAGCUGAGGGAGCUGCGAGACAUGGUGCUGGAGCAGAGAACAGAGCUGAGGCAGCUGAUGUCAAGAGUAACAGCUACUGAUAGCUUGGUGGAAGCCUUGCAGGAAGAAAAUGAAGCUCAAGCUAUAGAUCUUGGUGCAGUUCAGCUGGGGCUCAUUACUGUGCAGCAAUGGCUGAUAGCUAACAUGCGUCAUGAAGAAGACCUGCAGAAGAUGCAGGAAGGACAAAAUGUGGCAUUGCGGGAACUUCAAAAUGUCAACACUGUGAGACAAGUAGCUUUUUCUGCUUCACUUCUGGCUACUGGAGGAGGUAACACAAACAACAACAAAUUUACCCCACUCGUCUUCAAAAACAUCUUCACCAACACUGGAAACCACUACAACACAAUCACAGGAUAUUUCACUGCUCCUGUAAGAGGAGUGUAUUACUUCAGAUAUACAGGCCGCAUUUAUAAUUCUAGCGUCUAUCUGGGGAUGACGCUGGUCAAGAAUGAAAGUCCCAUGGUGUACGCGGGGGAUGGUCCCACCACAUCUGGAGAUUAUGAGGACAUGGUAACCAAUGGGGCAGUGUUACAGCUAAAUGCUGGAGAUCUUGUUUCUGUUCAGUCUAUUGGAAAUGUCUGGGACGACGCUUAUCACAGAACUACCUUUAGUGGCUUCCUUCUCUUUGCUCUGUAGCACCCAGGGCCUUCAUUCAACUCCUUAUUCUUUCUUUCUUUCUUUCUCCUUCUUUUUGUGGGAGGGCAAUAAUAAAUCACUUUCAAUACUUUAA